UAUGGCGGAGUCUGGAAUAGUGGAAAGAGGGAGGAGGAGUCUGGCAUCAUCAUCCAGAGCGAGAGGGAAAUUGACGGUGGAGGAGUACCUCAACUUCAUCGACACCAAUAGGCAGCUCCACCUCACCGCCCCUCAUCUCAGAGAGAUCAUUGACAUGCAUGGUUUCAAAGCAAUGCGCUCGGCUUCCAAGAAUAGUGUAUUGGAGGCUGUGGGUUCAAUGGAGCUGAUAGAGCUUGGGCGUUCAACCCUGCAGCACGACAGGGAGAGGGAGAUGAGGGGGAAGGGGGUAUGGAAUCAUCAUGCUGCUGCUGCUGCUGCUGAUAUCAAGACUGUGAAACAGGACCUCGCUGCUCUGAAAUGGGAGGAGUGCUGCGUUACCUCGCUCCACACCACCACCUUCCUCAAUUCCCACCAAAUCCAGAGUGGAGCAGCACCACAUCCACUACUCCUUCCCAACUCUAAUAAGAAACAAAGAGUAGCAGUGAAGCCAGUGACGGUGAGUGGGAAGAAAAGAAAGAGAUGCCUCAACAAUAUACCACUCUCAACCUAGCUAGCUAUAUAACCAACUACGCAUCAUUUCAUCCAUUGAGAAUAAUAUAUAUAUAUACCUACUAUAUACUAUCGUAUAUAUAUAUACAUAUAUAUUUAGACGCUGAAUGAAUGAAUGAUUCUGCUAGCUAGCUAGCUAGCUUGGUACUGUAUAUCAUGAUUAAAUAAUUACUCGCUAGCCUCCCCCCAAGA